AUGUUGUUCUGUGAUCGUCGUGAUGCUCUUUCCUUGGACCUCCGUAUGAUGGAGUCUCUGUGGUCGAGGGAGGACUGCAAUGUUGGUCCGAUGGUGGAGCUAACAUCAAUCAUACAAGGGUUCAUUGGACCAGAUAGUCACAAGAUGUCUGCUAGCUGUCCCACUGAGACCUUCCGCAUUACCACGAAGCCUGAUGCCUUCAUCGUCCGCCACGGUGAGCUCGUUGGUGUCUUCAUUGAUGAAGAGAGGAUAACCUUGAGGUCGGUGCUGGAGAAUAAUCGGUUCGUUAUGGAACUCGAUCCACCUUGUCCGAAGGGCUCCCUCGUCGACUACUCUGCGGAAGAGGACCGCCUCACAGCUUUUGACAGGAAGCUCAAUACGGUAUACACUUACAAUCUCCGCAAGGGCAUCUGCGUCAGCUUAUGUGAAGUCAAAGGUCUAUUUAGAGGUGGCGAGGAACACCUGGUGGUGGGGUGUUUGGAAGAACAAGUAUUAUUUUGCUUUGGUUGCAAAAAAGACCUAGUGCUGUACCAUGCGCCCACUCGAGCGGGCUAUUCCUACUCCCAGGCCAAACAACUGUUUUCUCAUAAAACCGACAAUGAAAGAUUACUGACCAUGGACAUGAGUUGCCGAUCCUCAGACACAUCUAUCUCGGUUGAAAUUGUCUACGGUGACGACCAUGGUUACGGAAACUUGUCUUUGCUCUUUGAUGGCAUUGAUCGACCCCUCAUUCGCAAGAAGGAGUGCUAUAGCUUCAUUACAAAUGUGGACGAGUGCCAUGAUUUUGCCUGGGCCCGUUUGGUGAAUCAUGACUCAUUUGUUGUGAGGGAUUGGAACAAGAAGAAGAAAAGAUCGUGGGAGCUUGUGGAUCCGGCGCACAAAGCGUUCGAACCCCUCCGAAUCCGUAACAACAUGCGAGUUACCGCUACUGGUUUCAUGCCACAAGGCGUCCUUUACAUCGUGAUGGAGCCUGUCGAUGAUAUUGAAAUUCGGCUCUUCCAUCGCCAUCGACGAGGAUAA